AUGUCCACCCAACGUCCACCUAACGUCCGUACCAACUACUUGUCAGAUAGUCUGUUCAUGCUCUCGUCGCUCACGUUUGAUGUUGUGAUGGUUGUGAUCCUCGGCGUCCUUCUCGGGUUGACCGGUAGCCCUGAAGAUAACAAUGGCGGCCACAACUCAGGCAGAGCCCGCACCGGAGAAUGGGCCGUUGACAUUGCCCGCAAAUACCCUUCCUCAAGGGUAACCGCAAUUGAGACGAUCGUUACACCGUCUCCACGGUGUCCCUUAAACUUGACCUUCUAUCAAGACGACAUUCAACUCGAGUGGAUCCAUCCCAAGAAUUCAUUCGACCUGGUCCGGUUCUCCCUACAAUCGGAGCGUUUGCAUGACUAUUCGACUCUACUUGGCAAAACGUUCAGGUCGCUCGCACCUGGUGGAUUUGUCGAGAUAUAUGACGUGGAACCGGCCGUACACUUUGCCGAUGGACAGACUUGCGCCCAGAGUUCAACAUUUUUAUGGCAAAACCUAUAUGAACAGGCACAUGUCAACGGGGGUUCACCCUUGGCUACCAUGGAGCAGCUAAAAGAUCAAUUAAGUCGAGUGGGAUUCGUCAAUAUCGCGACUGAAGUCUUUGAAGUCCCCUGCUCGCCAUGGUCAUCUGAAUCCAAAGCUCGACGGGUGGGCCAGGUACGUUUCCAAGCAAAUUAG